AUGCUUUCAGUUUUUUGGUCGUUGUUUGACUUGACAAAAUCAGUUCUACCCUUAUUUAUUGUUUUCGGUGGUGCUCUGCCCUACAUUCCCCAGUAUCUCGAAAUCAAAUCUCUCGAAAAUUCUGAUGGGUUUUCUUCUUUUGUCUGCCUCACCCUACUCGUCGCCAAUAUACUGCGCAUCGCAUUUUGGUUUGGCCACCCUUUUCCCACUCCCCUGCUUGUUCAGGCAAUUGUAAUGAUCUGCACAAUGCUGGCCAUGACUUCGGUCUGUGUGACAUUUCGGGGGAAAAAUCGCCAGCGAUCGCGACGUGUGGAAGAUACAGAAACCGAGGCUGGACAUUUUUUAACAGACUUCGGCAGCUACCUUCAGUUCAUCAGUUUCUUCACCUUCCUAACGUUCGCUAUCACUUUUUGCCUCCGAUCGAGUUCCAUCUACGUACAGACCCUCGGUUUUGUCGCCCUCCUUACCGAGGCCAUGCUCGGAGUGCCACAGGUGAUCACCAACUUCCGAAACGCCUCAACCAAGGGGAUGAGUCUGCAAAUGGUGAUACUUUGGACUGUUGGUGAUGUCGCCAAAGUUGUCUACUUUUUCAUCUCCUCAGCGCCCCUACAAUUUGUUGUCUGCGGCUUCCUGCAGAUCCUAAUCGACCUGGGAAUUUUAUGCCAAUUCGUCUAUUACGAUAUUUUAAAUAAGUGA